AUGGAUCUUGUUCUGGCUGUGGAGAUCAUAGCAGUGACUCAGUUCUUCUUGGGGGCUGCAGUAAAUGGGGUCAUUGUGGGGACCUUUUGCCUGGAAUGGAUAAGGAACCGGAGCCUCCAUGUUGGUGAUACCACCCUUAUGUGCCUGGGCUUCACCAGACUCUUCUUGCAUGGGUCUCUCUUUUUGUUCUAUUUACCACAGUCCUUUCAUGCGAUCCAUAAACCUGAAGUCGUAACCAGUAUUUCUUGGGCUCUCUUUGUGUUUUUCCAUACCUCCAGCCUGUGGUUUGCUUCCUUCCUCUGUGCCAUCUACUGUGUGACAGUCGCAAACUAUUCCAACUCCUUAUUCGUCUAUGUGAAGCGCAAUAUCUCCAGGCUUGGGACAUGGAUGAUUGUGGCCAUUCUGCUGACUGCUCUGACUUUCAGUCUCCUGGACUGGUAUAUUGCGUAUGGUUUUGGCCUGUCUCCGAGCAAUUCUACAGGAAUUAUACAGCAGCGGAACAGCACUGGGGCCGAUGGGAAUGCAGCCACCACCCUUGGGGUUCAAUUUGUUAUAUACUUUAUGGCGGUCGCACUGCCAUUCACAUUAUACUGCCUGGCGGCUUUGCUUUUGCUGAACUCUCUAUGGAGACACGUCCGACAGAUGAGAAGCAGCGGAACAAGUUUCCGGAGUCGGAGUGUGGACGCUCACGUGGGAGUAUUAAUGAAACUGGCCGUGUCCCUGUUACUGUAUGCUGUGUAUUACGUAACGGAUACUCUUGGCUUAUAUGGGCAGCUUGAAACACCUUGGCUCUUAUUCUGCUUUGUUAUUUGCUGUUUCUACCCCACUGCCCAUUCUCUGGUCUUGAUUUAUUCCAACAGUCGGCUGAGGAAGGCCUGCGUAGCGACGAUCCGUGGGGCCAUGAGUUGGGAAAAGAGAGAAACUCAAGACAACCAAACCCAGAGUGCAGAUUAA